AUUGAAGCCCAAGACUGUCAGUGGCUCUCAGCUUGAACUGAUGCUGAAAACUACACGGAUGAAAGUUUAGAUUAUUAUACCAAGUAAAAUAUCAACGAAAAUGAAGCGGUUCAUUUUACCAAUGGUAUUGGUGAUGACAUUGCCUACGUGCAUGGAAGCCAUCCACGGAUUGUACAAUUUCGGUCAACCCGAGUUGUUCUACAAAAAGAAUCAUUGCAAACCGAUACCGGCAAAUCUCUUCUUGUGCAACGAUAUAGAAUACACUGAAAUGCGCCUCCCAAACCUACUUGGACACGAGACCAUGAACGAGGUUCUGCAGCAAGCUUCGUCUUGGAUCCCACUGGUCCAGAAGCAGUGUCACCCCGAUACCAGGAAGUUUCUUUGCUCUCUGUUUGCUCCGGUCUGUCUUGACGACUUAGACGAGCCCAUCCAGCCAUGCAGAUCGCUGUGCGAAAGCGUAAAACAGGGGUGCGCACCGGUAAUGUCCGCCUUUGGCUUUCCCUGGCCAGAUAUGCUGGAUUGCGAACGCUUUCCACUCGAUAAUGACCUGUGCAUACCUCCCGCGGGCAUCGAUAACUUUGUUCCAGUCACCAAAGAAGUGCCCAAGGUUUGUGAUGCCUGCAAAGAAAAAGAGGAAAACGAUAAUGAAAUUGUUGACAAUCUCUGCAAGAACGACUUUGCGCUCAAGAUCAAAGUCAAGGAGAUCUCUUACAUGAACGGAGAUACCAAAAUUGUCCCAGAGACCAAGAGUAAGACCAUCUACAAGCUGAACGGUGUGACGGAGCGCGACCUGAGGAAGACAGUGCUGUGGCUGAAGGACGGCCUGCAGUGCGUGUGCGAUGAAAUGAACGACAUCAACGCAGCCUACCUGGUCAUGGGCCAGAAGAUGGACGGACACCUGGUCAUCACGUCCCUCAAGCGUUGGCAGCGUGGUCAACGGGAGUUCAAGAGGAUUUCCCGCAGCAUCCGCAAGCUGCAGUGCUGAAUGGGCAUGACGAGAUCAAGGUCGAGAUCAGGCAGACGUUCUGCUCCGGUUUGAUCCUCUUGGUCAACUUCAGUGUGACCAUAACAUGCUGCAGGUGUAUCUACCUACAAUACAUGACUUCAUCAAGUGUUUGUACUGCGGCCACCUGCGCAUGCCUACACCUUUCAGUAGUUCAUGUGCUUCAAUUUUUAAUUUGGUCACGCCAACACAAGAAAAACAGAGAGUACAUGCCAAACACCUGGAAGAGUAUGUAAUUAGUAAACUGAUAUCAAACUGUAGCAUAUGCCAUUAUUUACAACUACAAUAAUAUUUCAAUAUACAGUAAGACACAUUCUUAUUUAAUUUGCGAUUAAAAAGAUGGAAAUAUUGAGUUCAUAUCAAUGAGAGGAUGUGUGAAAUUAGUCUGCACGUGGUGUAUUGUACUUUAGCUAUACGUUAAUGUGAUAGUGAGACGAUGCUAUCAAAUACAAUGUUUUUUUGUUUUUUACUUAUCUUUCUCAAGCAAAAUGAGAGAUAGCAGGCUAUAUUCUCUGGCUGAUACAAAAAAAAGUAGCCAUGUCUUUGUAGUGAGACGUUCAAGCACAUUUGACCAGUUACUUUGUAAACAUGCUAUCUUGCUCUGUAGCCUUCUCAUCAGUGGCAUAUUUUGGUACUUGAGCCUCAAUCCUGCACUAUAUCCUUUUAUACAAUAUACUAUAACAAUGAUAAAUGAAAUAUUUUUCUAGAUCAGUUCGUCAUGGUUUCUGCGUCCUGUUUCAGUUUUUAGACCAUAACUAACAAUAUCAGGAUUUUGUAGUAGAGUUUGUUAAUGAGUUCUGUUCAAAAAUGCAGUUGUGUGUGUGUGUCCUGUAAAAUAUUUCCUGAAGUAUUACUGUGUAAAUAUCAGAUUUACAUGUUAUUCGUGUACAUAGUUUUCAGCAAUAGUAGAAUACAUUUGGGAAUGGGAAGAUGGGAACUGUUAUAGAUUUUAAAUGAUUUUGUCAUUCAAUAGUGUCCAAUCAAAGCUGGUAUUUACAUACAGGCAGGCAUAUAUUUUAAGUUGUACCACAAACCUGUAAUAGAUUUAUUAUUAAAGGAAAUAUUCAUUUAAGGAACACUGACAUAAAAAAUAAAUCUGAACAGUCAGUCUUAUAUC